AUGGAAGAUAAUUCCAAACCAUUUGAAAGAUUUAGUAACGAUGCUUCCCAUAAUUUUAGUUGGACUAUGAGUUUGUUGAUGAUAUCAAUAUGUCCACGGGCAGCUUCGAUGGUCGAUGGAAAGAGAGAAGAUAAUCAAUUCUUUCCAUGUGUCCAAUUAUCACUACUUCAAGAUUCAAAUGGAAGUGUAGUUAUCGUAUCAACAACAACCACAGGAACAACUUCAGGAACACAACCAGAUAAAUACCCAUUUGUUGUUGAUGAUCAAAUGAUUCUGUUGUCGACUCAACAUGUUGAUUCUGUUUCAGAUUAA